CAGAUUAAAGGGUAACAUCACUCACUUAGAAUGACUUAGAAUCUCUUUAGUUAAUUGACCUGCUUUUAUUUUAAUAUUCAAUGGCAUUUUUCUUUGUGUUUUCCAGAAAUUAAAAUAUUUUCCUGAAAUUCAUCACCAACAACCAGGAUAUUUAACUAAGAGCAAAGUUAAACUGCUGAAAGAGGUAAAGCAGAAGCCUUCCUGAAGAAUCUCCAGAACACGCAGAAAUUGUUUGCUACAUUUAAAAGACAAAUGAAGCCAAGUCCCGACAUGGAGAAACAUCAGCACUCUGUCAAGAGUUUUACUAAACAGAGUGAUCUCAAAAAACACCAGCACAUUCACACAGGAGAGAAACCGUAUCACUGCUCAGACUGUGGGGGGAGUUUUACUCAACAGAGGAAUCUCAAAAAACACCAGCGCAUUCACACAGGAGAGAGACCGUAUCACUGCUCAGACUGUGGGAAGAGUUUUACUCAACAGAGGAAUCUCAAAAUACACCAGCGCAUUCACACAGGAGAGAAACCGUAUCACUGCUCAGACUGUGGGAAGAGUUUUAAUCGACAGAGUCAUCUCCAACAACACCAGCGCAUUCACACAGGAGAGAAACCGUAUCACUGCUCAGACUGUGGGAAGAGUUUUAAUCAACAGAGUAAUCUCAAAAGUCACCAGCGCAUUCACACAGGAGAGAAACCAUAUCACUGCUCAGACUGUGGGAAGAGUUUUACUGAACAGAGUGCUCUCAAAAUACACCAGCGCAUUCACACAGGAGAGAAACCGUAUCACUGCUCGGACUGUGGGAAGAGUUUUACUGAACAGAGUGCUCUCAAAAUACACCAGCGCAUUCACACAGGAGAGAAACCGCAUCACUGCUCGGACUGUGGGAAGAGUUUUACUGAACAGAGUGCUCUCAAAAAACACCAGCGCAUUCACACAGGAGAGAAACUGUAUCACUGCUCAGACUGUGGGAAGAGUUUUAAUCAACAGAGUAAUCUCAAAAUACACCAGCGCAUUCACACAGGAGAGAAACCGUAUCACUGUUCAGACUGUGGGAAGAGUUUUACUAAACAGAGUAAUCUCAAAAGUCACCAGCGCAUUCACACAGGAGAGAAACCGUAUCACUGCUCAGACUGUGGGAAGAGUUUUAAUCAACAGAGUCAUCUCAAAAAACACCAGCGCAUUCACACAGGAGAGAAAAAUGUCCCAAAUUUGUCCCAUGGCAAUUAAAAGCUCAAAUCAUAAAUUCCACCAGAAACAAAUAUGAACUGUAUUUAACAAUGGAUUUUACAGGUUCAGCAAAACUAUUCUUAUCCAGGGAUGAUGUGUAUAGAAUUCCAUGUUAUGUUUGUAUGUCUUGUAAGUUUGAAUAUUCCAGGACAUUCUUUGUGAGACAGAGCUCAGUUUUUAGGUUAGUUACUGUUGCGCAGUAAGGUUACAGGCUCAUUCACUCCCUCUGCUGGUGUUCUUGUUUGUCUGUGGUUCAGUCCAAUUAAAAAUCUGUUACUAUAGAGGGAUAUAGAGGGAUAUUUGGUUGUGUUGUAUUACUCAAGUUUUAUACUCUCUUAUCUUUUCCUUAUUGAAUAUUAAAUGUUGCUUAUGGUUUUUUUAAUCUCCAAAGUUACUAAGAAUAUCCAAAUAAUGUAGUUUCUUAAUUGUUUUUAUCCAGUACAAACUAUUAUCUUUGUAUUACUUCACCUCUAUAUUUACCCAUGUGUGUUUUAAUAAACGGCUUUUAUAUUGCA